AUGGAAAGACACGAACCCAAAGGUUUUUUACUAGAAAGUAAAUCGGUUAUAAAUACAGAUAUACGAAAUAUGCAGACCCCUCCAGCCGAAACAGAUGACGAAAAUGUACAAAGCCUGCCGCCAUCACGCCAACUGCGAAAAAGAAAUCCAAUACAACAGGCACCAUAUUCCAUUGAAAGGAUAAGAGCAAGAAACGCGGGAAUACCCAUCGAAGUCGACGAAAAAGUUUUGAGAAGAGAAAGAGAAUCAGGAUUCGAUAAGGAAAGAUAUAAUUAUGAAGCACAGGAGGAUGGAUUUGUCGUUUGCGAUUCUGAUGAAGAGGGACGCGGGUUCGACACACCCGACUCCACAGAUGAAAGUUCACCUGCCUUUAACAAACGCCCUACCGUCUCACGAGAAGCAUUAGUUACUUCUGAUUCUGAAAACGAACCAGCGCCUCGUAAUAUGCACAAACGUACUCUUAUCAGCCUGGACGGUUCGAAUGCUCGACGCCAAAUAAAAAGACCAAGAGUCGAGAAGAAUAGAGAACAUUUCAUUCAUCCAGACAGCAUUGACGCGACAACGAUAGAUUUCACCGAAUCUGAAGGUUCAAUUGACGAAUAUCUGAACGAACUGGAUAAUAGUCAGCCUACGCAUUUUUCUGAUUCGCCAACGGUCACUAUUGAAACUGAAGAACAAUCUGAUUAUUUAUCGGAGGCUUCGAACUUUACCGAUGUUUCAAUUAUUGACGAGUGCGAAAAAGUGGAUAGAAGCAUAAGUAAUCACUAUAUGUGUAAUAGCUAUCGUCAAACAGCUUUACCAUUUACCCGAUUGUCACCGAUCACAUCACCCUUAAGUUCAGUACGACGCGUAAAUGAAAGUAGAAAGAAAGAGACAUCAUCAUUCGAUAGAAGGUUAAAGAUCAAUUUGCAAUGGGCUAAGGAAAGUUCGGUUCCAUCUGUCGAUAAUCCAUUAUUCAAGGAAUACACGGUUCGAUGGUUGGAAUUGUUUCAUCAAUUAACAUUUGCCAUAUCUUUCAAUCGACCAUGGCCACCUGAAAUAGUUAGGAUUAUUGAGAAGUUGAUCUUACAAUUUAAGAGUAUGAGGCCAAACAAUUCCAACAUCGAAGAGCCUUACAAAAUUUUAUGUGCCUUAAUCAAAAAUUUUCCAAAAGUCAAGAAUAGCGCAGGGGAAAUCCGAGCCAAAAGUGAUAAAUUAUCGAUACCUUCGAUGAUCGAUGUAUUUUAUACGUUGAACAACACACUCAUUCAAUCGAUUACCAAAUUUACACCAAAAAAGUUUCUGAGGGAGUAUCAAGUGAAAAGUUUUGAAUAUAUCAAAGAACUAUACAAUACGCUAGAUAACAAAACCACUUCAUACUAUCGUGAAUCACAUGAAAGAAUGACUCUGGUUCUCGGUGACUCCUUAAAACUAUUGUCUCCGCGUGAGAAUAUAAUAAUGUUGGAUGAAACAUUGGGUAUGUUCAUUGAAUCCCUAAAUCGAAUUAAUGUGCUAUCAGAAAGUACAGUCAAAGAGUUAAUAAAUAUUCAUAAGUUAUUAAUCAGUAAAUUUAAUGAGUCUGCAGAAGAUGAAACUGAUUUGCGGGUCAAGAUCAAAAAUUGCUUGAGAGCCAUUAAAUCGAAGAUGCCACCAAAAAAACCCAAAGGGUUUAGUAGAUCGCAAUAUUUCGCAAUGCAGUACCUAAAAGUGAAAAUCUCCCAUAAUCCUUCUAACUUUGCGUCUGUUUGGCUUUGUGGAAAAUUGCCUCACGUCCAGCGUGCAGCACGGGAUAAUCGAUUAGCUUCGGAAAAUUCACGGCGAUUCAUCAAAUUUCCUUCCCAACCAUCACCAUUUAUACAAUAUCGUCGUUCUUUUCAAUCUUUCUCAAAUAAUAGUAAUGAUGACAAGGAUUCCACCUCCAAAUUGUUAGAAUCUCUCUUCAAGAAUAUCUCUCCAAAGUUGGAAGAUCCAGAACAAACUCCAAAGAAGGAUGAUACCAAAUCCAUUCUUGAUAAUGAUUUCAAAAACCUCUUUUUCACGAAUGUGCAUGAAACUCCCGAGCAAGUCAAAAAUGAAGAGGAUAACUUAAUCGAAGAUUCUGUUAGCAUGGAUAACCUAUUUUUAAGAGAAGAAGGUACUCUCGAAAAUGCUUUCGAUGAAAGGUCAGGGAUCGAAAUUCUAGAAGGAGACAAGAAUAUAUCAAACUUGGAUGACUUGAACACCAAUUCAGGAAUGAGAGAUCCCUCCAUAAUCCUUUUAACAGACCUGAUAAUGAAAGAUGGGAAAAAAGCUCGUGCCCAGCGUUAUGUAUCAGAUUGUUGUCUUGAAAUUCGUAAGCAAACAAACAACAAUCCUUAUAAAAUUAUUAAAGCAGCAAUUGAAAAAGCUUCUCCUUUGGUUGGCCAUUUAAGUUUCAAGAAAGGUUCUAAGGCCAUUCAAAUCCCAUGUCCGCUUAAUGAACGUCAAAAACAUCAUAAAGCUAUUAAAUGGAUAUUAAAAGCUUCUGACAAAAGACCCGGAAAAAAAUUUAGCAAUAGGCUGGCUUUGGAAAUUUUAGCCGUCAUCAAUGGUCAAAGUCAGGCGUUGCAACAAAAAGACGCAGUACACAAAUUAGCAUUGGCGAAUAGGGAAAAUCUGCCAAUUAAAUGGUGA